GGGUCUAGAUUAAUGUUUAAGUUCAGGUCAGGCACGCAUGGGCUAAAUGAGGAACUGGGUAGGCAUAGGGGGAGGGAGGGGGUGAAGGAGUGCCUGUUGUGUGAUGAUGAGUGUGAAAGUGUGAGUCAUGUGUUGUGGGAGUGUCCAGCAUAAUUAUAGUAGUCUUAGGAGCAAUUUCUUAGUUGCCCUGCAGGGGAAGCUUGGGGAUGAUGGGUUUGAGCAUUUCCAGUCGCUUGAUAGUUUCAAGAAAGCAUCCUUUAUGUUGGGUAGUGAACUGUGGGAGGAUAAAUUUGGUUCUUUGCUUGGC